ACUCUCUUCAACCCGCUGCUUCCGGCGGCCUAGGCUUACGUUUACUUUGCGCCGGAAAGAGAACCUGUAAACGCUUUCGGAAUUAUGGCGGCGGUGGAUAUCCGAGACAAUCUGCUGGGAAUUUCUUGGGUUGACAGCUCUUGGAUCCCUAUUUUGAACAGUGGUAGUGUCCUGGAUUACUUUUCAGAAAGAAGUAAUCCUUUUUAUGACAGAACAUGUAAUAAUGAAGUGGUCAAAAUGCAGAGGCUAACAUUAGAACACUUGAAUCAGAUGGUUGGAAUCGAGUACAUCCUUUUGCAUGCUCAAGAGCCCAUUCUUUUCAUCAUUCGGAAGCAACAGCGGCAGUCCCCUGCCCAAGUUAUCCCACUAGCUGAUUACUAUAUCAUUGCUGGAGUGAUCUAUCAGGCACCAGACUUGGGAUCAGUUAUAAACUCUAGAGUGAAUUUAUUUUCCUUUUACAAGCUUACUGCAGUGCAUGGUAUUCAGUCAGCUUUUGAUGAAGCUAUGUCAUACUGUCGAUAUCAUCCUUCCAAAGGGUAUUGGUGGCACUUCAAAGAUCAUGAAGAGCAAGAUAAAGUCAGACCUAAAGCCAAAAGGAAAGAAGAACCAAGCUCUAUUUUUCAGAGACAACGUGUGGAUGCUUUACUUUUAGACCUCAGACAAAAAUUUCCACCCAAAUUUGUGCAGCUAAAGCCUGGAGAAAAGCCUGUUCCAGUGGAUCAAACAAAGAAAGAGGCAGAACCUGUACCAGAAACUGUAAAACCUGAGGAGAAGGAGACCACAAAGAAUGUACAACAGACAGUGAGUGCUAAAGGCCCCCCUGAAAAACGGAUGAGACUUCAGUGAGUACUGGACAAAAGAGAAGCCUGGAAGACUCCUCAUGCUAGUUAUCAUACCUCAGUACUGUGGCUCUUGAGCUUUGAAGUACUUUAUUGUAACCUUCUUAUUUGUAUGGAAUGUGCUUAUUUUUUGAAAGGAUAUUAGGCCGGGUGCGGUGGCUCAUGCCUGUAAUCCCAGCACUUUGGGAGGCCAAGGCGGGUGGAUCACUUGAGGUCAGAAGUUCAAGACCAGCCUGACCAAUAUGGUGAAACCCCGUCUCUACUAAAAAUACAAAAAUUAGCCGGGCGUGGUGGCGGGCGCCCGUAGUCCCAGCUACUCAGGAGGCUGAGACAGGAGACUUGCUUGAACCCGGGAGGUGGAGGUUGCCUUGAGCUGAUUAUCAUGCUGUUGCACUCCAGCCUGGGCGACAGAGCGAGACUUUGUCUUAAAAAAGAAGAAAAGAUAUUAUUCCCAUCAUGAUUUCUUGUGAAUAUUUGUUAUAUGUCUUCUGUAACCUUUCCUCUCCUGGACUUGAGCAACCUACACACUCACAUGUUUACUGGUAGAUAUGUUUAAAAGCAAAAUAAAGGUAUUUGUAUAUAUUGCUUCA